UGGCUAUUCUCACCGUAUCAAUCUGACAAAUUAUCUUCCCUCAACUCGCUGUUUCCCUUUGUCUUCCAAUUAAUACAAUGCAAUAUUUACAACUUCUUUAGAAGUUUCCUCCUACAAAUCUUCACCACUACCACCCGCUUUCGCUUCCUUCAAACCUCUGGUGCACUUCUUGUUUUUGCUUCAAAAAUAUUUGUGGGUAAAAGCUUAUAGAUGGGUCAGAAACUUGAUACGAUGCGCCAAAAGCAAUCAAAAGACGAGUUGCUUUAUCAGGCUGCAAUUGCCGGGAACGUGGAUGGCAUUAAAUCUCUUUGCAGAGAAGGUGCUGGCCUUGAGUGGAUAGACAGAGAUGGAAAGACUGCCCUCAUUGUGGCAUGCAUGAAUCCUGAAUUAAUAGAUGUGGCCAAGACACUGAUUGAAAUGGGUGCCAAUGUCAAUGCUUACCGCCCUGGACGUAAUGCAGGGACUCCGUUACAUCAUGCUGCAAAAAGAGGCCUGGAGCAAACUGUUAAGCUGCUUCUUUCUCGUGGCGCUAAUUUUUUAUUGAGGAAUGAUGAUUGUCAGACACCGCUUGAGGUUGCCAGAAAUAAAGGGUGUACAAAUAUUGUCCGUGCAAUUGAGAAUCAUAUUUGCUGUUUCUCUGGCUGGUUUCGGGAGUUUCACGGUCCAAGAUUCCUUGGUGGAUUUGCUCCUCAGUUGUUAUCAAGGAAAAUCUGGGUUGUGAUUAUACCUUGUGGUUCUGGUAAUCCCAUGAGGCCUCCCAGAUUCGAGCUUGCAAUAUAUUCCACUUUGCAGGAUGCCCAGCCUCAGACGGUCAUCGCUCUUUGGAAGGCCAAAAUUGAAGAACCCAAAUUUCUUAAAUCAGAUCCAGCACUUGUCAUAUUUGAUCAGACUACCAAAACUCGAUACAAGAUUGCAUCUGGAAAUGAGGGAGACAAGCAGCAGCUUCAAUGGUUAUAUAGUGCAUGCAAAGGAAAUCUUCAGGUUGUCCCGUCCCCAACAGUUCUUGAUACCCAAACUUCAAGUGCAGCAAAUGCACAUCAAACUGUUGCUGAAUCUCCAGAACGUAAUAAUAACUGGUGCUCUGGGGCAGUUGAUGCAAACGGUUGGGAGAUUUCUACAAAUGCUGAAAGUUAUAAUGGAUGGGGUCCUACUGAUGGACGGGAACAUUCAGAGCUAGGUAACACAGGAUGGAUGGAUGGACCAACCAGAAAGGAUUACAAUGGUUGGGGUGUGUUAGAUUCUGGACCCUCUGUCCAAACCCUUGGAGAUCACAGUGGUUGGAUGGGUGCACGAACUAAAAAAGAGAACGACUGGGAUUCUAGACCUACUGGUAAACAAAGUCUCCAAAGCCUCUUGGAUCCUCCUGCCCAUGUCCAAACAAGUGGACUCAAUGCUUCCAUGUCUCCAUCUGCUCCACCAAUUCCUGAUGAUGUUUUAGUUGAAGAACCAAGUCAGUAUCCUUCAAUUGAUUUCAAUCCAGUGCAUUUGCCUGCUACGACAACAACAGAUCAUGGAGCCUCAACCACAAAUGAUGCUAAAGGAGAUGGUUCUUCCUCUUGUAUAAUAUGUUGGGAAGCUCUGGUAGAAGGUGCAUGCAUCCCCUGUGGUCAUAUGGCUGGUUGCAUGUCUUGCUUAAAUGAGAUAAAGGCCAAAAAUGGACUAUGCCCCGUUUGCCGAAGCAAGAUAGAUAAAGUUAUACGGCUCUAUACCAUAUGAUGGGUGGAAAAACCAAUAAUACACAUGGAUUGUCUUAUGCAUGGCAGAUUAAACUUAUUGAAAUUUUAAAGUUUUUGUUACAAAAUCAAGUUACUGUAAAUGACAUUAUCAUAUACUAAGAAAAACAUUAUUUAGUGAAAUAUACAAUUCCUUAUCAGUGUCA